AACCGGCUGAAACUAGCCUGCGACAUAGCCAUUGUUUCAAUUGUUGACGAUUAAUCCAUUCAAAACAAAACACGAUCGUUUUGUAUGGGUGUGUAAUCUUCUUUCUUAUCUGUGUUGUCAACAACUGAUAUUCUUAUCUAUUAAGCUGUGGUUUUGGCUACAUCUGUUUGCCAAAUGUAAUAAAAAGAAAUUUCUACUUCAGAGAUGUUUGCUCGAUUGAGUAGUAUCUUGUUCUCCAGCGUUAGUAGUUCUCGAUUAAUUCAUUCACAAAUGGAAAAUUUCACGAAAAAUGGCAAGAAAAUUCUUGGAGCCGCCUUGAAUUAUACUGACAUUUUGGCUGAUCCAAAUGUGAAAAAACCCGUGGCUCCGGUCAUGUUUUUAAAGCCAACCACUUCGUAUAUCACUGAAGGCCAGGAUAUUAUUAUUCCAGAAGUGCUAACGCUUGUCAAACAUGAGGUCGAAUUGGGAGUGGUCAUAAGUAAACCAUGCAAAAAUGUAACAGUGGAAGAAGCUCAUAAGUAUAUCGGAGGCUAUUGCUUAGGUUUGGACAUGUCAGCUUUUUGUGAACUGAACGAAGCGAGAAAAAAGGGAUUUCCGUGGAGCAUGGGAAAGGGUUUUGACACGUCAAACCCAGUAUCGCGAUUCAUUGCACUGAACGAGGUCAAUGACUUGCACAAUCUCGACUUGUAUCUGAAUGUGAAUGGAGAGUGUCGCCAGACGGGAAAUACCAAAGAUUUGAUCUACAACUCUUUUGAAUUAAUCUCCUAUCUCUCACAGUAUAUGACUCUUGAGCCGUGCGAUUUAAUCAUGACCGGCACACCGAAGGGAGCAUCUCAAAUUUACGCUGGUGAUGUGAUUGAAGCCGGUCUCAGUGAAUCUGGACGUGAAAUUGUAAAAAUGACAUUUAAUGUUAAAUAAAAAAUACGGUGGAUUUGGUUUGGUUGUUGAUGAUUU